AAAUAUAGUCUGUCUCCCUCUGUUGUGGUAUUUUAAGAAAGAGAGAUAAAAGGGCUCCAAAAAUUCAUUUUUUUUUUACCAUGAUCACAUGAUCAAAAUGAAAAAUAUAGGGACGCUUUCAAAAGAGAUUUGUCUCAGCUAUAACAUACUCACAGGUGGGAGACGAUCGAACAAGAAUAAGCGAGAUACAUUCAAAUCAGUUUGAAAAUAAAGACCUUAUAAAUAAAAAUGCAGUUUUUUAAAAUUUAAAUGGCAAUAUGAUGAUAUCACAAUGUCCGAUCAGCCAUAAUGAUCUAUAAAAUCAUAUCUACAACUCAUGUGCUUUCACAAUAUGUAAUAAAAUUGGGGGUCACCUUUCAUCCUAAUGAGCUAUAACUGAUUAAAAAUAGGCAUAAUUUUAGCAUACUAUAUACAAAUGUUGACGCACACGUACGCGCACGCUAAGACACGCAAACGGAAAAUUAAGGUACCUGAUAUUCAACCUUGACCUGAAGUAUAUGGCCAUUAAAUAUGAUUCAGAAAUGAAGAAUGGUUACGGUGAUAUGAACGAUAAUGUGAAACACGUAAAAUUGCGCGUAGAUGACGUCAGGCAUGACUGUGCACAUUGAACAGGUCACAUUGACUAUGCCAAGCCAAAUGUUCGUUGAAGUGAGCAUGUUUGUAGCUCACAACAAUUUUUAGAUAGCGUGCAAACAGGAAAUGAGGAGAAAGAAAGAAUAAAAAAAUAAAGAAAAAAAAGAUGAUCCUGACAAUAACAAGAGGGGAUCCGCUCGUGAAGCGGAUCACCAAAAAAAUGAUGAUGAUCCUGACAUUAACAAGAAGUGAUCCGCUCAAGAAGUGGAUCACCAAUAAUAAUAAUAUAAUAAUAAUACUAAUAAUAAUUAAAAAUAAUUAUUUAAUUUAAUAAAGCGCCAAUAUCACUAAACCGAAGUAAAAGUCAAAGGCGCUGAGCAUGUUCAGAUGUUAAAAAGGUGGGUUUUGAGUUUGGUCUUAAAUAUAACAACUGAAGUUGAGUCGGUAAUAUGUUUUGGGAGGGAGUUCCAAAGUGUGGCAGCUGAAAAUAAAAAUGAUCUGUGGCCGUAGGAUUUGGUGUUAACUCUUGGAACAAUGAGCAAAUUAAGGUCAGAAGAACAGAGGGCGAGGAUAAGGAGACAUAUUUAGGAAGGAGUUCAAGUAGGUAAGUGGGUUGUUGGAGUUGUGGUGCUUUAAAAGUUAGUAGCAGAAUUUUAUACUUUAUUCGUGAAUUAAUUGGAAGUCAGUGCAAAUUAUAGAUGAUGGGAGAUAUGUGCGAUCGUCUAUUGGUAAGUGUUAUAAUACGUGCGGCAGUGUUCUGGAGGCGUUGUAACCUGUUUAACUGAGCUUUAGGUAGCGCAGAGAAAAGAGAGUUACAAUAAUCAGAGGCAUUGAUUAAAGUGGCAGAGUGUCCUUAGAGAGAUAGUUCCUGAUGUUAGCAAUAUUGCUGUAGGUGGAAAUUAACUGUUUUUAGUGAUAUGACUAAUGUGCUUAGUGCAGAAUAUAAUGAAUUCAGGUUUUGUAUUGUUAAGCAUGAGCAUAUUAGCAGAUAACCAGGAUCAAAAUUUCAGACAGACAUUUUUCCAGUCGUUGCGUUAUUAAGAGGGAUUCAGAGGGGUAAAAAAGUGAAUGUAAAUUUGUAUGUCGUCAGCGUACAAAUGGUAAUGUAAGUUGUUUUUCUUGAUAAUUUCAGUUAGAGGAGAUACUGUAUAUAAAGGGAGAAAAGCAGAGGUCCUAGAUGGACCACUGGUGAAUUCCACAGUUAAGGUUCUUUGGAGCAGAUUUAAUAUUAUUUAUUUCCACGCACUGGGUACGACCAAGUAAAUAAGAACGAAACCAAUUAAGGGCGCAGCCUGAUACUCCAUAAUGAAAGAAAAGACGAUGUAAAAGAAUGUUAUGAUCGACAGUGUCAAAUGCAGACGAUAGAUCUAACAUAACGAGAACCACAGCACGUUUAUGAUCAAGAGAACAGACAAUAUCAUUAUGUACUUUUGUAAGUGCAGUUUCGGUACUAUGACGUACUCUAUAAGCUGAUUGAUACGGAUUUAAGAGCUGGAAAUUGGAAAGAUAUAAUGAUAAUUGAUUAAAUACUACUUUUUCAAUAAGCUUAACAAGAAAAGGAAGGUUUGAAAUAGGUCUAAAAUUCUGGAGCAAGCCGGAGUCAAGAGAAAGCUUCUUCAAAAUGGGUUUCACAAUAGCGGUUUUGAAUAUCGAUGGAACAUUGCCAGACAUGAGGGACUUAUUAACUAAGAGAUUAAGGGGCUUGAUAAUGGAAGAACAGCACAAUUUAAUGAGACGGAAUAUCUCGAAAUGUCAGUGAGAAGAAGAGGCGAGACCAGUUCAAUAGCCUCAUCCAGGAGCUCUGCUCGAUGGUGUCGACAAAGAGUAGAAAGAUGGACAAGUCUACAGUUCUUAAGGCUACAAUAAGCUUCCUGAAAACACACAAUGAGAUUGCACUUAAGUCAGCUAAAAAUGCCAUCAAAGAAGACUGGAAACCAUCCUUUCUUUCUGACGACGAAUUCAGUCAGUUGAUGCUGGAAGCACUCGAUGGUUUUAUGAUUGUGUUUAAUCCUGAAGGACGAAUACUAUACGCCUCUGACAGCGUAACAUCCUUGUUGCGUCACCUGCCAAAAGAUCUAGAAAACAGAACCAUCUAUGAGCUAGUGCAUGAAGACAGCCGGCCUGAUAUUUUCAAAAUAUUAUCAUUGGCAUACGACAAAGCAGAGGAACCAGUGGUCCUUAACAAAGCGCACACAUUUGACUGUUAUAUGCAACGUGGCUCAAUGGAUGUGAAUAAGGAACCAAGUUACGACAAAGUUAAUGUUAGUGGCAGUUUUCAGAAGCUCAACAGUAGGUCUGAAGCAUUACUAGGUGAAAGCAUCAAGUCCGGCGUGUGCUUCGUGGCAACGGUGCGACUAGAGAAGACACAAUUAAGUCGUGAGAUGGCUACCUUCACAGAAAAAGGAAAUGAAUUCACGUCCAGACAUAGUCUUGAUUGGAAAUUUUUAUUUCUAGAUCAUCGAGCGCCCCCAGUCAUUGGGUAUUUGCCUUUUGAAGUAUUGGGUACCUCAGUGUAUGACUAUUAUCAUCAGGAUGAUUUGAGUAAGAUUACCAAGUGGCACGAAGCAUUGAUGCAAACGAGUGAGGGAACGUCGUCCUACUAUCGAUUCCUAACAAAGGGCCAAGAGUGGAUAUGGCUUAAAACCCGUUUUUAUAUUACCUACAAUCAGUGGAACUCAAAGCCAGAAUUUAUUGUUUGUGCUCACGUAGUUGUCAAUUAUGCCGAGGUACGAGAGAUAUUUAAUCGUGAGAUCUGUGUAGAAGAGGACCAGUUAAUGAGCGUGGAUGGGUCCACCUCGGAAGGUAACUGUGACUGGGAAUCAACCUCAUCUAGAACGUGUAUGUCAACAGAUGCAUCCAUUCCAGUAUCCUCAUCAAAAAAGAUGACAUAUACCACGCCGCAUAACGUUCAAAAUAAUACGGUGUCAAAAUCGUUUCAAGAGAAUGAAAAUCAAUUUCAGUGUGGAGUUGAAAACCAGAGUGUUAAGAGUUACGACUCUGUUUCAAUCUCAAGUUCAGAAUAUUCACCUGUAAAUGCUAAUGCUAUGAGCCCAGGCCAGCCAGAGGAGGGCAUAACCCAGGAGGAAAUGGCAGUGAUUCAACUACAGCUACAGGAACAGCUCUUACAACGGCAUCACAUAAUCCAAGAGAAGAUUCACAGUCAACAAGAAGAGUUGCAGCGCAUUCAGCAGCAGUUGGUACGGGCACAGCAGCUAAUGAUCCACCAUCAACCAUUCCUAUCGACUUAUUUACAAGCUGGUGGACAGAGCGUACCUAAUCCUCAAGCCCAAGUGACAGAACCGGCCCAGCCUCCAAGGCUGCCCAGCACAAACACAGCUUUACCGCCACAAACAUCAUUACCAAGGGUAUAUCCGAAUAUCAGCGGAAAUUUUGUACAGUCCCCUCAAAACCUCUCAUCUCCAGUUAUGCCAGAGCAUAUGCAGCAGUCCUCUCCCGCUAGCCCUCUUUCACUACAGAGGGAAAUAUCUAUAUAUGGCGGAAGCCAGAUUCCAGACGUUCACCCUCGACCUCAAUUACCAUCUCAUCAAAAUUCUAAUUACUCAAUUGUUGGCAACCAACUGCAAGCUCAACCCUCAUCUUCCAGUCCCUUGCAGCAGUUGAGUUCAGAUUCUACGGUAGCAAAUACGCAAUCUUCAUACCAACCAGUUCAACCAAUGCCCCACUUUCAGUUUUUAACACAAGACCCAAUGAUGAGUUUGCAAUUAGAUGAGGUGAUUGGAAUGGAUCAAUUUAAUCUAUUAGACGGUCACCAGAAUGAGCAAUUAUAGUGUGCGUCUUAACUACAGAGGUCCCAAUGCUCCCGUGGGUCGCAGGAAACUCCAAAAAAGACAAACUCCCGCACUCACGUAAGCAUGCAAAGGUCACAUGGAAAACAACCCAUUUUCCUCAUAUAUAUUUGUUUUUACUACAUUGUUAUCAAUUGUCUCUCAGAAAUCGGUUGGAUUGGAUUGGAUUUAUUCAGUGUAAACACUAAGGAUGGCCCACGAAAGAAGACUUAUUUCUAGUGGGGUCCUUCUGGUGGUGUUUGGGCAGUACACCGGGAUACAAUACCCUACUCUUUUCCUAAGAGUGUAUUGCGUUAUUCGACGUGCCAUUGGGCCAUCAAUGCACACAGGACCAACGGCUUAAACGUCUCAUCCGAAAAACGGUGCGCUAUUAUAACUUGUAUUUUUUUCAGCCCUCCAGCUGAAAUCCAAGGAAAGGCAGAGAUGGGUAUUGAACUGGGGACCUAGAGACUUCCACGGUUCAGCGCACACGCAGUUGCUAACCAGAUUAGCCAACUGAGCUAAGCUGCUGAUGUGUAUUAAAAAGUGCAGCAAAAUAAUAUUAGAUGUGCUCAUUCAAGUGACUUAAUUCUUUCAACUUGGGACUUUGUAACUUAAUUUUAUGGAUAGGACUCAAAAGGGUGAACUCAAUUCUGAACAUUAAACCAAAGGCUGGUAAGUCUCAAACCAGUGUGAAGGGGCUUAAGCAGACGGAUUAAACAGAAGUAUUAAAGUUGGUCAUGGCAUAUUCCACACCAAAAAUCAUGUACGGUCCCAAAGGUACGGGAGCUGUUUAAGAUUUUGCUUUUAAAUCCAUAAACAUAAUUCUGUAUGUAAAUAAUGAAAAAUUUGACUACAUUUCUGUUUUUUGCUUAUGUAUAUUAGAGAAAGGUACAAAGCUAAAAAUUGACUUUUUAAUAUAUUCCUAUUCUCCACAUUAUAGUGUGGAAAAAAUGAUGGGUAUAAUUUUUACAGGAAUUAACUUACUAUUUCAAAGUUAUGACUGGUACUGGCAUUUAUAAUGCGGAGUUCUUUUCCCUGGUCAUUGAGUCCACAUGCUUUAGGGUUGCUGCUGGUUAUCAGCGCAGGAGCUGGCAAUGCCUCUAGGAACCUUUUUAUACUUCUGUGUGGAGAGAAGCUAAUACAGAUAAACUGCCUUCCUCAAGGGUACAAGCAUGCACUGCGACGGAUUGAAACCCUGACUUCGAGAAACCAAAUCGUUCCUGUUGCACCAAACCGCUUACGAGUAAAAUAUUAUGGCUUCUCUGUACUGGCGUAUACAAUGCUGCCAUAUUCUUAUGCUAAUUACUCAGUUUAACCAUUAGUGACAGUACGCUUUUUUCUUGUAUAUACUGCCCAUGCCAUAAAUCUGAUAUAUUAUUUGUUAUGGUACAAUGGACUGUCCCACUAACCCCACCUCUUGGAUAGUAGGGAGCUUUCGAUUGUACAACUAUGGUAGGACGUAGAACGUACAGCAAUGAUGUAACUAAAGUUUUCUGCGCAUGCGAGAAUGUUAAGUUCUCCUCGUCAUAGACGCAAUUUGGCCAAAUCUAUGUAUGUAGAGAACGUAGGAUACCCGGCAGGACGGUCACGCAUGAGUGGUUCUGUUCUAGCGUCAUGCAAAAUCGAAAGCUCCGUACUGCUGUCUAAAGUUCUCACAAAAUGGCAGCGUAAACGUACGUGACACAUGCGUCUGUGGGACAAUACGUAUGUUUGCAGGAUAAGUAGUAAAUGCUGGCCCUGUUCUAAUUGGUCAGUUAAGUUUGAUUGAUACUCCUGAAAGAUUGUGAUGUUUCAACGUCCGUUUAAUGGUGUUCUUAAAGAGAUCGUUUAUAAAAUAUAAUUCUUUGCAUAGUUUUAUACAAAGUCACUGUGGAAGUGUCAGUUUGAAGUAUAUGUAGUAAAUAAACAUAGCUAAACACAUUUUAUACGCCUUGCAAAUUAAUGCAGAUCAAAUUUGAAGUAUUAUUUUUUUUUCAUAAGUAUUUGGGGACUUACUGAGUAAUACGUCAGGUAGGGCAAAACAUCACUCCUAUGAUAUUUUCCUGAAGCACAUCGAAAUAGUAUUAUUAUUAUUAUUAUUAUUAUUAUACUUUAUUAUGAUUUCAAAUAUAAAAACUGUUAUUCUAAUUAACCAAAAUUAUGUAAUAUUUGUAUUAUAGAAUCCUGUAACAGCUUGUAAGCACAAAUAAUUUGACGUCCAUCUUAAUUCAUCAAAAAAUUUCAAUGUAAUGAAAGUGCAAUAAGUUGAAAUUAGACAAGCUUCAAUAUUUUAUGGCCAUGCCAAGCCAAAACCCAAAUCACAGUAUGGAAGGCGGCUCUUGUUCCUGAUAAAGGGGAUCUGUUUAUAUGUACGCUGUGCAGCACAGUCAAUUCAUGGUCAUUGCACAAUCAUUUGCCUCCUAGCUGCAAUAAUUAUUUUUUCCAACAUUUGUGCAAUAUUUUACUGAUUGUUUAGCACUUUUUCCAGUUUGUAUUUCACAUUUUUGUAUGUAUUAUAUAAUAUUUUAAUAUUGUGAUUUCUUUUGUAAAAUGCAAGGAUUUAAUUUCUGUAAUUGAUUUUUCUUACUUUAUAUUUUGAUUAAUUUUCAAGAGCAUGUUUUAUUUAGCAGACUUUAGCAGAAAAUAGGGUAAAAUGCAUUUCAGUAACCAAGUAUUCAAAUAUCCUUAGUAAAUACAAAAUUUCCAUAGCACCUAAAAGUUUUUCUUGAGUGCAAAAUAUGGGUUGCUUAAAUUACAGGUACUGUACAGGAUAAUAAUUGCUGUGGAAUUUCAAACAAUUGGGACAGGGUGAAGAUUUACGGGCCACUAUUUCUUAGUUUUCACAAUAAUUGAGGCAUGUUGUGGCGAAAUGGUAAAGUUGUCGCACAGUCCAGUAUUGAGUAAAUGAGAUAUAAACUAUGGGAGCUCAAAAAAUUGCCUAAAAAUCCAAAUUUGUUUUUC